UGUGACAACACUGGUCACUGACAAGCAGAGUUACAUUUCCUUAUAUGGCAAACAUAACCGCUACAUCUAGUGAUUAAGAAAAUAAGAUAACAGUUUAUAAAAUAGUGCCAAAAUCUUGUGAAUAACAGUAUUUCAUGAUUCAUUUUGUCGGCACCCUCAUAUUUUAGUGUAUUUAUUUUAUAUCAAGUCAUCAAGUGGUAAUUCAUAUUUUGGAUUGGAAUAUUUCCCACGAAAAUGUCAUACGCCUGUAAAAACAUCUAUGCAACUCUUCCUAAAACCCAAAGAGGACAACCACUUGUUUUGGGUGGAGACCCAAAGGGAAAUAACUUCUUAUAUACUAAUGGAAAUUCUGUUAUCAUCAGGAAUAUUGAGAACCCUGCAAUAGCAGAUAUCUAUACUGAACAUUCUUGCCAAGUAAAUGUUGCUAAGUAUUCUCCUAGUGGUUUCUACAUUGCUUCUGGGGAUCAAUCUGGUAAGGUAAGGAUUUGGGACACGGUAAACAAAGAACACAUCCUCAAAAAUGAAUUCCAUCCAAUUGGGGGCCCUAUCAAAGACAUCGCUUGGUCCCCAGAUAACCAAAGGAUGGUUGUUGUUGGUGAAGGCAGAGAAAGAUUUGGACAUGUUUUCAUGUCAGAAACUGGUACUUCUGUUGGUGAAAUUUCAGGGCAAUCUAAACCAAUUAAUUCCUGCGACUUUAAACCAUCAAGACCAUUUAGAGUUAUAACUGGGUCGGAGGACAAUACUAUCGCUGUAUUUGAAGGACCCCCAUUCAAGUUCAAGCGGACCAAACAAGAACACACACGUUUUGUCCAAGCUGUAAGAUAUUCACCAAAAGGUGACUUAUUUGCCUCUGCCGGCUUCGAUGGCAAGGUUUUCUUAUAUGACGGUAGUUCAUCGGAUUUAGUUGGUGAAGUUGGUAGCCCUGCUCACGCAGGAGGAGUGUAUGGGAUAGCCUGGAGUCCCGACGGCAAACAAUUGCUGACAGCCAGUGGAGAUAAAACAGCCAAAUUGUGGGAUAUAGAGACUCGGCAAGUUGUCUCCGAGUUUGUGUUAGGGAACACUGUAGAAGAUCAACAGGUAUCAUGUUUGUGGCAAAACAACUACUUACUAACAGUAUCUUUAAGUGGUUUUAUAAACUACUUGGAUGUAAACGAUCCCUCCAAACCCCUGCGAGUUAUCAAAGGACAUAACAAGCCUAUAACCGCUCUAACUCUCAGUGAAGACCGGUCCUUAAUCUUCACCGCUUCCCAUGAUGGCUUCAUAACUCGGUGGGAUGCUGCAACAGGUGAAAAUAAUAGAAUAGAGGGAGUUGGACAUGGCAAUCAAGUGAACGGGAUGAGGGUCCAUGACGGGACGUUAUAUACGUGUGGAAUUGAUGACAGCCUAAAACAAAUCGAUAUCGAAGGAAAUGCCUACAAGCCACAACACCUCAAACUGGGAUCUCAACCGAAAGGUAUGGAUGUCCUCAAAGAAGAAAACAUCAUUGUCACUGCCAGCGUGAAUGAAAUCACCGUGUCCAAAGAUAACGAAACAUUGAGCACAUUAAAGGUUAAGUACGAGCCGACUAGUGUGGCGUGUUCGCCUAGGGGGCACGUAGCAAUCGGCGGGAAUGCAGACAGUAAAGUGCACAUUUACGAGCUCCAGAACAACAAUUUAAGUCCCUUGCAAGAGUUAGACCACCUGGGCGCAGUCACUGAUGUUUCCUAUUCUCCCGAUGAUAAGUAUCUAGUGGCUAGCGAUGCGCAUAGGAAAGUUGUACUUUACAGCACCGAGGACUAUAAGCAUGCCAACAACCAAGAAUGGGGAUUCCACAAUGCCAAGGUGAACUGUGUAGCUUGGUCUCCGGAUUCCCUGCUAGUUGCAAGUGGUAGUCUUGACACUAGCAUUAUCAUAUGGCACGUAGAGAAACCGGCCAAACAUAUUAUAAUUAAGAAUGCCCAUGCCCAGAGUCAAAUCACGAGACUGUCAUGGGUGGAUAAUCAAACGCUUGUAUCCGUCGGCCAGGACUGUAAUACCAAAUUGUGGACUAUCACCCCAUUCUAAUAACUUUUUACAUUUACACAUCCUUACUGUCUUCAGUGUUAUUAUUUAUUUUUUGUCUUAUUAAUUUCCAGCAUUUA